AGCCACGGCCAAUAAAUUAGAGAUUUUCAGAGUUUCUUCUCUUCAUCAGUCUUUUUAUUUUUUGUUUAUAUUCGUCUCUCAGCAUCAUUCUUUGAUUGUGUGAAUCUCUCAUCGUUAUCUCAAAUUUCGUAUUUUUAUCACCGGACGGAGAAUCUUUCACGAUGUCUGCAAACCAGGAAGAAGACAAGAAGCCAGGAGACGGAGGAGCUCACAUCAACCUGAAAGUCAAGGGACAGGAUGGAAACGAGGUGUUCUUUAGGAUCAAGAGAAGCACCCAGCUCAAGAAGCUAAUGAAUGCUUACUGUGACCGGCAAUCUGUGGACAUGAACUCCAUUGCUUUCUUGUUUGAUGGCCGUCGUCUGCGUGCUGAGCAAACUCCCGAUGAGCUUGACAUGGAGGACGGUGAUGAGAUCGAUGCGAUGCUCCAUCAGACUGGUGGCAGAGGUGGUGGUGCUAUGGCCUGACACUUCCUCCGGGUUUAGGGCUUGUGUGAUAUGAAUGGUUAAGGAGUAUUCGGCAUUAGGAAUUGCAGACUUGUUUUUAUUGUGACCAUUCUCUCUAGAAACUACAAGUUCGCCCUUUGGUUGAUUUUUUGUCUUGUUCGUUUGGUAUUGGAUCCUAUGAUACUACUACUUCGGCUUAAAGGUGUUAUUAACCCGAUUAUCUAAAGUUUGUUGGUAUGGUAACGAUGAAAAAGCUAUAAAUUAUUAAAAGUU